AUGGCUGAGGCACACGAAAAUGAAGUUGUCAUUAAUCAAGACAAUAAUUUUUUCCAUGGGGAGGUUGGGGAGGGUGGGGCAGAGGCACAGGCUAGGGUAGAGGAGCAGGCUGAAGACCUCGAGCAUGCCGAGACCUUUGCAGUAACACAAUCCAUGAUAGCGUUAUGGGACUAUGCACAGGAGAUCACAGAGGACAAUAUGGAAUUCACGCAAGCUCAUCCGCAGGUGCCACACCCCAUUCACCCACCCAUCCAGAUGUUGUGCCGUAACAAAUGCCUCCUUGUAUUGAUGGUGGAGGAUAGGUGCGAGGCAGUGAUUCAGCUAUGGGAGGAAUUAAAUGAGAUCGAGCACCUGUUGGGGUUAGAGAACAUUUAG